AUGUCAAGCGCUCCUUAUUACACGAGUGAUUCCAGAUCCUCGUACGGGGGUGGCAGCUCUCGCGGAUAUGGUGGAGGUGCCAGUAGGGGCUACGGCUCCGGCCAUAGCGGAUAUCGCGGCUUCGGCGGUUCGUCUCACGGGUACGACAACAGCGGCCUUGGGAGUAAAUUGGAGACAAUAGAUUGGUCCAAGGAGACGCUGGUACCAUUCGAAAAAAACUUUUACAAUGAACACGACGAAGUGAAAUCCAUGUCGCCAGCCGACGUGGACCGCAUCAGGAAAGAGAAGGAGAUCACCAUCAUUGCGGGAAAGGACGUUCCCAAGCCAGUGACCUCAUUUGAGCACACCUCUUUCCCUGACUAUAUCAUCAAAGCUAUCGCUGCCGCUGGAUUCACAUCCCCGACGCCCAUCCAGAUUCAAGGAUGGCCUAUAGCUCUCUCGGGAAGGGAUGUGAUCGGAAUCGCCGAAACAGGUUCUGGAAAAACACUUGCAUUCUUGUUACCUGCGGUAGUGCAUAUAAAUGCGCAGCAUCUACUCAGGCCAGGCGACGGGCCCAUCGUACUUGUCCUCGCCCCAACUAGGGAACUGGUGGAGCAAAUCCGUCAGCAAUGCACGCAGUUUGGAGCGAGUUCACGCAUCAAGAGCUCCGUCGCGUACGGCGGUGUCCCAAAGAGGCAGCAGUCGUACGAGCUCAGGCGUGGUGUGGAAAUCCUGCUGGCUUGCCCCGGCAGACUAAUCGAUUUCCUGGAGUCAGGUGUCACCAACCUUAGGCGUGUCACAUACCUAGUCCUCGACGAAGCAGAUCGCAUGCUUGAUAUGGGUUUCGAGCCCCAGAUCAGGAAGAUUGUAAGCCAAAUCCGUCCCGACAGACAGACUCUCAUGUGGUCUGCCACAUGGCCCAAAGAGGUACAAUCGUUGGCUCACGAUCUUUGCCGCGAGGAGCCCGUGCAUAUCAACAUCGGAUCGUUGGAUCUGAAGACUUGCCACAACGUAUCGCAGGAGGUAUAUGUCAUAGACGAACAUGAGAAACGCGCGCAACUGAAGAAAAUUUUGACUAAAAUCUCUGAAGGCACCAAGGUGCUCAUCUUCGCUGACACGAAGAAAACCGCCGACUCGCUCACGAGGGAGCUGAGGCUGGACGGAUGGCCAGCUCUCAGCAUCCACGGCGACAAGAAGCAAGAGGAGCGCAACUGGGUGCUCAACGAAUUCAAGAGUGGCAAGCACCCGAUCAUGGUCGCAACCGACGUCGCCUCUAGAGGUCUGGACGUGCGCGAUGUCAAGGUUGUGAUCAACUUCGAUUUCCCCAAUCAAAUCGAGGACUACGUACACCGCAUCGGACGUACCGGACGUGGAGGGAAUAAGGGCGCGUCUUAUACCUUCCUAACUCCAGACAAAGGCCGUAUCGCCAGGGAGCUCGUAAAGCUCAUGCGCGAAGCAAACCAAACCAUUAGCCCCGAGCUUUCCAAGCUGGCGAACGAGAGGUACGGCGGCGGUGGCGACAAUCGCAGGUGGGGUGGAUACGGUGGAGGGAACUACGGUUAUGGCGGACGCUACGGAGGGGGAUAUCACAGCACCUCCAACGCUAUGCCCAUGGGGAGGCGUUAUUAG